UAAUACCUGUUUUGUCGUACUCUUCACGUAACUUGAACGGAGCAUCACUCAGUAAACAUGGCGCCGGCCAAAAAACGCAACGUGAGUUCGGCAAAAACAACAGAACAAAGUAAAAAAACAGCUAAAAUUGACCUAAAUAGCAAAGUCGAAAAUAUACUCGAGAGCAGAAAACAUGCCAACGACGUUUUUGACAUCCUCGAGUUCCUUCAGUCAGAAAAAGAGAAGGAUGUUAUCAGUGCUGUCAAUGCGUGCAACAAAUUGUUCUGCACUUUGUUGGAGAGGAAAGAGCUGUUUAUGGGAAAACUGCCCGGCGAGGAGGAGGCAUUGAGUGGAGGGUAUAGUGCUGAGGAGAAGUACCGCAUGUUCAUGCGACACCGUUACAACAGCUGUGUGGAGAUGCUGCUUGAGCACCUCAGCCAUGAACUUCACGAAGUCAAGGAGAAUGCCCUGUGCUGCCUGAUGAAGUUUGCUGCAGCAGAAGGACAGCAUCCCCUCGAGGACUUGGACUGGAGUGAACACUACAGUUUCCCAAGAGAACUCAUCCAGGCAGUGGUGGACAGACUGCUGUCCAAAACUACAGACACCUCCCUGCUGAUCUCCAGAUUCCAGGAGUUCCUUGAGAUGGACGAUGUACGCUAUUAUGUCAUCAGCUCCAUCCGUGAGAAUGUGGGAAAAGUCAUGGACAAAAACAAAGGGGCAGUGGUGCCCAUAUAUCAGAGCAAUGUGUUCACCCUCAUGUCCAACAUCAGUGUGCCAAGCCAGGAGUCAGAGCUCAGCAACUUUAUGGUCAAACAGGAAGCCAAGAUUGAAGACUGGAAAGCCGCUAAACUGAAUGAACACAAGCGUGUCUUUGAGAGGAUGUGGCUGGGCUUUCUCAAGUACAAGUUGCCAAGCAACAUGUAUAAAAAGAUCUUGGUGAUCCUCCAUGACUCCAUUUUGCCCCACAUGAGUAAACCCACACUGAUGAUUGACUUCUUGACUGCUGCCUAUGAAGUUGGGGGGGCUAUCAGCCUGCUGGCCCUCAAUGGCCUUUUUGUCCUCAUACAUCAACACAACCUAGAUUACCCUGAUUUCUACAAGAAAUUGUAUAAUCUGCUUGAGCCUUCUGUUUUCCACGUGAAGUACAGAGCACGCUUUUUCCACCUAGCUAACUUGUUUCUUAGUUCCAGUCACUUGCCAGUGUACCUAGUGGCUGCGUUUGCCAAACGCCUGGCUCGUUUGGCUCUCACAGCACCGUCCACAGCCCUCCUCCUAGUGCUGCCCUUCAUCUACAACCUGAUUCGUCGCCACCCAUCCUGCAGAGUCCUUAUUCACAAGCCCAGCACAGAAGAUGAGCCUUUGGAAGACCCGUAUCUAAUGGAUGAAAAGGAUCCUGCUCAGUGCCGUGCCUUAGAGAGCAGCUUGUGGGAGAUUAAGACACUGCAGAAGCAUUACCAUCCAGAUGUGGCCAAAGCUGCUAUGCUGAUCAACACACCCCUGUCAGAACAAGAGGAUGACAUCAGCGAGGUGCUGGAGAUAACAACAUAUGAGCUGAUGGAGAGAGACCUGACACAGUCUCAGAUGAAGAGCAUCCCACUGGAGUUUGAAACUGCAACACAGUUACUAAAAGAAGGUGGAGAUGUGUUAGGACAGCACUUCUGUCUGGAUUAAAACAAGUAAUAACAAGGAAUUGCAUUCACAGUGUGGUAUAAAUAUCUGGGACCAAUUCAUCCGUCAAGGUGAAUGUUUGUAGCAGUUUGGCCUGAACAGGAAGUGUGGACAGACUUCUCUUCUGAAAAAUUAUAUAAAUGCCUCUUUGAGCAGCAACAAGAAUAACAGUAAUGCAUUUGAUCUGGAGAUGUUAUGUUUUUCUCAAUGACCAUUGAUGUCUUUGAUGUGUGACUAUUGUAUAUCAAUAAAAACCUUUUCCAAAGCUCA